AACCUGAUAUCAGUAGAUAACGUUGUUAUGUAUAGUAUAUAAGAUCGGAGAAGUUCAUAUACGAUUUGAAAGUCCAGUUAAUGUAAGAUUUAAGUGUUGACAAUGUUGACAUGUGUGCUAUCUGCUGUUGCAUUCUUAGGAGCUGUUGUUACAGGAAUUCAUUUUCAAGCUUCCCCAAACAUCGUUGUUGUCGGGGUAACAAGGUAUCUUGAACUAAAAUGUGGGACAACUAGGGGAGAAGACUCCAGCAUUGAAAGUCUGAUCUCAAUAAUUAUUUCACGAACAGCUAACCCACAAGACACAACUUUCAAAGAGCUGGCGUCACUGACCAUGUUCACUCCAGAAGUUCAGAUAACGGAUGUAUCGGAAGUUAAUUUAAUAUCUUCAGGCAACAUUGACAACAACGGUGAGUCAUACAUCAGACUUGUUUGGGAAUUCCCAGGAGCCGAUAAAGCAGGGAAUUACAAAUGUGAUGUCAACGGAGUGGACCACAUUGGACACCCUAUUUAUUUUAAUUCGGCGGUUAUGAUAUCAUCCAGGCACCCUGAUGUUGAAACGGUUGCUGCACAAAUAAAAAAUCUGACACUACUCGUGGAAAACGUCAACAGUUAUAUGAAUCUCCUAAAGGAUGAAGAAAUUCUCUUGAAAGUCAGAAAAUGGGACGAACGAAUUGAAGCGGCGAAACAUUCAUUUUUUACAAUAUCUGAAGCUUAUGACGGCCGUAGGUAUUACCUGUCAAAACUAAAUCGCCUUCAGGUAGCUGAAGACGCCGAGGCAAUGUGUAAGCUGUUUGGGGGUUACCUGACUGAAGUAGAUUCAUUUCAAGAACACGAGUUCAUUAUUCAGUUUUUGACAAAGUUUGCUAGUGUUGGUUACUAUACUAUCCUAACUGGAGGUACAGACGAGGCCCAUGAAAAUGUAUGGAUAAAUAGACGCAACAACACACCAGUUGCGUACAUAAAAUGGGGGAUUCACCAACCGGAUGGAGCAACCACAUCAAACUGUUUAGUUCUCUAUUCUCCAAAUUGGUAUAUGGCAGAUUAUCCGUGCUCUCUUUUUGAGAAUUCUUUUUCUACGGGUUAUCUUUGUGAGAUUCCUGAUAAGUAA